AAACCCAGUUCUCACUUCCCAUUCUUAUUAAUAUCUAACCUGUACUACUUGUUUUCUUUAAAUCUUUUCAAAUUUUAAUUUUGGCUGGUACCUUUUAUUGAUAUCUACCAUAAUUGAGAUCAAGCUUUAAUUUUUUAAUGACAAAAGUAUAUUACAUUAGCUUUGAAGAAAGACAGCAGAUACAGGAGGAUAAUGGCUCAGUCAUCUAGUAGCACUGGAAAGAAGCUCAUUCGAAUUGAUGUCAGUUCAGACAGUGUUUGCCCUUGGUGCUUUGUGGGCAAAAGAAACCUGGACAAAGCAAUUGCUGAAUCUAGGGAUCAAUUUGAUUUUGAGAUUAAAUGGCAUCCAUUUUUUCUUGAUCCUUCUGCACCUAAGGAAGGAGUCAAUAAGAGAGAAUUCUAUGAGAGGAAGUUUGGAUCUCAAGCUCAAGGAAUUGUAGCUCGGAUGAAAGAGAUCUUUAGGAAUUUUGGAUUGGAAUAUGACAUGUCUGGACUCACGGGAAAUACUCUUGAGAGCCACAGGCUGAUAUAUUUUGCUGGAAAACAAGGUCUUGAUAAGCAACAUAAUCUUGUGGAAGAGCUUUUUAUAGGCUACUUCACCCAGGGAAAAUACAUUGGUGAUCGGGAGUUUCUUCUGGAAUCUGCUAGAAAGGUUGGAGUUGAAGGAGCAGCAGAGUUUCUUGAAAACCCCAAUAACGGUGUCAAGGAGGUUAAUGAGGAGCUGGAGAAAUACUCUGCAAACAUUUCUGGAGUCCCAAAUUACACGAUAAAUGGAAAGCACCAGUUGAGUGGUGGCCAACCACCUGAAGCCUUCUUGAGAGCUUUUCAAGCGGUAGCAAACUGACAUUGCCUCAGACUCUGAAACUUAUAUUUUCAAGCUUUAUUAACCAAAUACAAAAGCAAUAAACUGGUCAUUUGACAAACUCAAUUCCAUACCAGGUAUUUAUGGAUUUUCUUUAUUGGCUGAGCACUUGGUAUUUAUGCUUAUAUACAUAUCAGGAGCGUAUUCUGACAAAACAUAUAUCAGUAGGCUUUGUCGUAUACAAUUGUCUCUUAUAACUACAUUCUGCCCCUUCUGUCCCAAACCCUACUACUAUAUUAGAUACAAUAAACCCUGUUGGGAUAAUCUAUGUGCAUGACAUGCCAAAACAGUUUGUAUAUUUGUAAAACAGGCUGUUCCUUCACAUUAUGUUCUUAAUAGAUUGGAUCAUGUGUGAUGGGUGGAUGAUUUCUCAAGGGAGUUUCUUUCUUUCAUUUUCCCUUUAAAUAUAUAUAAUUCACCUCUGAUACUCCAACACCGAUAUAGUAUCCCAACGUUUCUGGAUGAGAACAAGUAAGAGAAACAGCUUAAAGCAUAUGAUUUCUCCAUUGAAGUCUGAAAUACACUCCAAUAUCUUCCUCUAGGUGAUUAACUGAUGCCAUACGGAACCUUAAUUGUUACCGUGAAAUUAUCGAACCGUGCAUUUGGUAGGAAGGAAAUGAUAGAAUGCCUUCUUAGUUCAUUGCAGUGCUAACCAUUGGCCAGAAAGUAACAAAAUCGCCAAGGGUAACGAGGCGGGUUUUUUUGGUACGAAAGAAAAUUCCUCGGUUAAUUUUGGUACAAAAGAGAAAACGAUCACAAAUGUUUGAAAUUUAAAUCUCAAAUACCUAUAAUGAUGUAAGACUGUUUCUUCCUUUGAUGAGUAAUAAUUGAAAAUGUCAUCUCUUUCUUUGACAUGAAAACCUCCGUGUGACGGUCACAAAUCCACGAGGGAAUGGGUGGUUGGGGAAAAAUAUCCUCAUGGGGGACUGAAUCCUCUUUAACUACAGAAUGACUCCAAAGUAAAUAACAGAUGAAAGAUCUGUUUCUUAUAUGCCUCCUCAUUACUAAAAGAUCUGUUUCUUAUAUACUUCCUUUUUU